CUCCAUUAAAAGUUACCUGCUGUUGCUCAACUAGCCUUGGUAUUUUCUUUUAAUGGUACCCACUGCUAGGUCUCUCUCUUAAGUUCUUCUCAGGUGUGAACACCAGUCUGCAGCAACAAGUGGGCAACUUUGUAUUCUUCCGUAAGUUCUCACAUGUCCCCUAUUAAAUGAAAGGGUGUUAUGGUUAUUUCACAUGAAUGAUUCCGUAUGUCUCAUAAUUCUAUUUGAAUUACCACCUUUUUUUUUUAAUUUUUAAAAAUUAUGUCGAAUAUAUAAAAUUACAUAAUUACGCUUAUCCUUUUCCUUCGAUAUUUUCGAUAUAAAAUUUAAAAUUAUUACUUUAAAAAACAACUUCUAAAUCCAAGGUUUAAAUUCACCAUUAUCUUUUCAAAACGACAACUUCUUAUUUAACUCUCACAAAUUCUCGUAGAUUUGGAAAUAAUUUUCCAAUCAACAUACUUUAAAAAACAUAUAUCUUGUUUAAAAUCCCAAAAUUGGGGUGUUCAAAAUAGAAGUCCCUUACAUGUACCCUCAAUGUCCUAUUGACCUAGUUUAUGGACUUGAUGUACCCUAAUCGUCCUGUUAAAAUCUAUUUUAUGAAUUUAUAGCAUCCCUGCACUGAUAAUAGAGCUAAUGGCAAUUGGCAAAGCAUGAAAAAGUAUUAUACCAUAGAGAAAAGAAGCAAGUUUUUGGUUAGUGCCUUAGUGGGAGAUUAUUUGCUUCUAUGCCAAGCGACACAACUUUAACAAAUAUCUAGUAUAGAAUCGACCCUCCUCCCCAUCCGUACAAUCUUGUCGUUUAUUGAUAAAAGAAGAACUAUAAAACACCAUAGCCAAGAAUAAAAAUCAAUGGGAUUUGCUUUCUUUUCCUCUAAACAUAACACUGAUAGUAGUCUGGAAUUUUAAGGUGUGUGUUACAAGCUUUCAUCAUUGUAGGGAAAAAGAAAGCAGGGGGGGGGGGGGUUGGGGGCGGUGGCCUCUUGCCUUAGAAGAAAUGAAAAUCAAAGGAGACCAAUGCUUGAUCUCAGCACCUUUUUUUUCACUAAUGGGUUCUUGUCAUUUGGUCGGUUCCUUUAAAAAACUUGAUUAAUUUCAGUUAAUCAAGCUAAAAAAGAAAAAAAAUCAAUAAAAAAACUUGUAUUAUUAUCUUGGUACUGAAGUCUGCAAGCCUUCUGAAUUUAGUAACAUGAUGGGGAAAAAAAAGAAAGGAAGGAUGAACACAAUCCACCCUUAAACAUCACUGCAGACAUGCUGUUAUGGUGAAUCUGAUUAUGCAUAUGUCAUCCUUUCAAAUGGCUCAAAACUUAGGCCAUGCCAAACUCCACUUAUGCUGGCUAAUGAGUAGUUGAGUAACAAAGGGUUUGCUAGUGGUUCCAAUAAAUGGUGCCUAGUGUCUCAGCAUCUGUGAACACACUCAACACUUAGGUUUUGACCUUAAGACAUCAACUGUCCUAGAUGAAAAAGUGUGAUAGGAGUAUAUUUGGAGGCCAUCAGUGGGGGUUGUGGGGAGAUUUGAGUUGAAUGUUGGUUUGAAUUGGGCAUAACAUUAAUCAACUUGGGCACUGUCCCUAUGGGCAUUAUAAGGGGGUCUAGAUACAACAAAAAUGAGGGUGUGAGAGUGCAAAGCACAAAUGUGAAGUGGGUGCAGCAAAGCAAAUCCCCAUCAGUAAACAUCUGGAGGUUGAGAAGACUGUUUUCUGGCCUUUUUUUUUGUUGGCUGAGAAUGACAAUGGAUAAGAAAGCUUUUGUUAUUUUCCAUCACAUUUCGUUAUUCCCCAAUUACCCAUUUACAAAACAACCCAUCAAACAAAAAUCAUGAAAAUGAUCUCUUUGCUUUGUCUCCCAAUCCAAGUCUACUAAUUUCUCCUUUGUUCCAUGACAAGAUGCCACAAGAAAUAUCAAAUUUUCCUAUUUGGUUAUUAGUAGAAAAUGUGAAGGAAGAUAAAAUUUUAUAAGACUCAAAACCCUGUAUUUGGGUUUUCUUUAUUUAUUUAUUUUUCCCCUUUUCCUCUAUUCUUGGGACCCAAACAAAUUUUGUAGUUGCUGGCAAUUGAACCAACACCCACCCUCAGCCCUGGGUAUGCCUUCACCAUGAUGCUAUUAUAGGCGUGCCUUAAGCUUACUUUCUUAUUUCUCUUUUUGUCAUUUCCCUUUUCACUUUAUAUGUGUGGCAGAGUGAAAUCACUAUAAACUCUAGUGGAAAGGAAAACUCCUCUACACCUCACAAAAGUACAGAGGAGGGCUACAGACUCCUGUGCUCUUCUCACUAUAAAUUCAUGCUAUCCCUUCCCCACCUCUCUCAUGUUCACUCCUCUCUUCUCCACAUCUCUCAUAUUUUCCUAAGCUUUCCUCAGCUCCAAACCUUGAGUUAUAUCUCAAUUUCACACCUCCUUUCUCAUAGAACUCCAAAAUUCUUGCAUUUAAUCCAAAACCAGCCUCCUCUGUUUUUCCCCUGUUUCAGUUUCUGCCUCUGUUUUUGUGCAUUUUUCAUUGUGGUUUGCAAUGUCUUCCAGUGUGUGUCAAGGCCUGCAAUCAUGCUUGGAGCCUCGACUUGUUGAACAGCGUGUUUUGAGGCUCAAGUUGUCUCCACCAGCCUCAAGCUUUUCUCGAUCAUUUGGAUUGGCUCAGAGGCCUGGUUCAUCCACCUCUGACUCCAGAGAGGCUCACGAAAAGUCCCAUACUGAAGAAAACAACAAAAACAACAAAGACAAGAAUAACGACAAAGUUGUUGAUGAUUGCAACAUCAAAAGCCAAAAGAAUGGUGAAUUGGGUGGCUGGAGCUUCAUCCAAGCUCUCAGCAACACUUCCCUUAGUUUCAAGGAAGUACUUGACACUGAUAAGGUCUAUGUUCACCCACUGGUUAAGCGUUCUUCAUCGAUGCUAAGCGCAAAGAGCUUGGAAAUGUGCACUGAGAGCUUAGGCAGUGAGAGUGGUACUGGCAUUAGCCAGAGCAGCCAUGAGGUCUCUUCACCUUCAUGGAGAAACAGCGAAAAGUUUGCAGUGAGGGAGUUAUCAGAAGUACAAAAAACCGGCAUGAAGAACAAGAUGACUCGUAGUACAAGUUUUCCACCUCCUUUAACAUCAAUCAGCAGUAGGGGUGGUGGAGGCCUUCAAGUAAGGCCUCACAGAGAAGAUGGUCGGUUAGUUAUAGAAGCAGUUGCCAUCCCUGCUUGUCAUUCUUACUUCCAUGCAGACCGCAGCGAUGGCAGGCUCAGGCUUCAACUGUUGAAGGACUGCUUUCAAAACUGCAACAAUGAAGCAACCAAAGAGGAGGAUGAUGAGCAAGUUGUUGAAGAAGAUGGUGAAGUUGAAGCUGACGAAGAGGCAGUGGAAGGAGGUGGCAAUGAAGAUGAAAGUGAUGAGACUGAUGGUGAGAGUGCUCACUGGGGAGAAGAAGAAAAAGAAGAAGAAGAAGAAGAAGAAGAGAUGGAAGGGACUGGCGGGAACGUUGCGGGCGAGAUUGAAUUGGGGAAGCUCCCAAGGCCUAGUAGGUGCAUGGAAGGUGGUGGGCAUACCAACAAUAGCCUCAUGAAUUGGGAGUCCAUCUGGGUGGCUACCUCCUAGAGAGGCCCUCAGUUUCUGAGGGGUGCUCUACAAACAAAUAUGGUUCUUUUUUUGUUUCCAUUUUCUUCUUUGCUCCUCUGUCAUUAUGAUUUGAAAUUUCCCCACCUGGGAGUUUUAGUAAAAUAUGCUAAUGGCAGUUAUUAUGGUUA